AUGUCCGGUAGAGGUAAAGGUGGUAAAGGUCUAGGUAAAGGUGGUGCUAAGCGUCACAGAAAGAUCCUUAGAGAUAACAUUCAAGGUAUUACAAAGCCAGCUAUUAGAAGAUUAGCAAGAAGAGGUGGUGUUAAGCGUAUCUCUGGUUUAAUCUACGAAGAAGUCAGAGCUGUUCUAAAACAAUUCUUAGAAUCUGUCAUCAGAGAUGCUGUUACUUACACUGAACACGCUAAGAGAAAGACUGUUACUUCUCUAGAUGUCGUCUACGCUCUAAAGAGACAAGGUAGAACUUUGUACGGUUUCGGUGGUUAA